AUGUCUGAAUUAAUAAGAAAAUCUCCUUCUUUAACUCUUUAUAUAUUAAGAAAAUUAUCGCAUUCCAUAACCAAACCAUAACCAUAUUUAAAAACAUUAGCCUAAUUUAUAAAAGCUAGUUUUAAAGAUCAUUUAAACAGUAGUCAUUUUCUUGAAUUACUAAUAGAGAAUUUCCCAGAUGACUUAGAAUUAAUGAAAGAAAAUAUAUAUUGGAGAACUCCUCAUAUAUAAAUUAUGUUAAAAUAUAUAUCUUAAGAAUACGAGAAACAUGUUGAAAGAAAUAUGGAUCUUGACCAACAAGAAUUUUGGACAAAAGUAAACUCUUUUUUCGAAUAAGUGACCUCUGUUUCAGGCAUGUUAAAACCCCAUUAUUCUAAAUCUGAGAAACGUUAAAUUAUUAAAGAAUAACUAACUUUAAUAGAAGUUACUUAAGAUAUAUAUAUGCCUACAAAUCCUCGAUAUUAAAUAGUUUCCAUAAAACUCGAUUCAGGUUCACCUAUGUAAAGUGCUGCUAAGUGUCCUAUAAUGGUUACUUUUUAUUGCCGUAAAUAUGAGGGUCCGGAUAAAUAUUUCUAGACUAAAAUUGGAAAAAAACAUAAAGAAAACAGAUUUAAUUAAAUAAAGAUUUUAAAGUAAACUCAAAAUGUCAAUUUUGAACUCGUAAGUGAUGCUCUUUUAAAUGAUCCUUUUUACUAAGAUGAAUAAUAAAUCAUAUAUGAUGAAAAAGAUUAAGAAGCCAAAAUAAACAGUUUAAACCCUCCUUUGUAAAUCAAAUAAUUCCCUUCCUAAUCUAAUUCCGCGUCUUUAAAAUAAAGCAUAAAAGAAGAUGAUUUAAAUGGUUUUUUGGUCUCCUCGGCAACUAAAAGCAAUUAUUUUUUCACUCAUUAAAAUCACAUUCUACUCUCUGAUCUUCAAGAUAAAGUUGGUGAUUAAUAUUUGCAAUUAGGAAUAAUACCUCCUUCUGAAUAAAAAAAGAAAGAAUAACAGUUAGGUUAAAAAAAAUAGCCUUCAUAAGUAAGUUGUAUAUUCAAAGUUUUCGACGAUGUAAGACAAGACUAACUUGCUUUAUAGAUAAUAACACUAUUUUAGGGAAUUUUCGAAAAGGCAAAUGUUCCUUUAUGCGUUUUUCCUUAUAAAACAAUAUCAAAUCGAACGGGUCAAAACUUAGAUAUUGGUGGUAUAAUCGAAUGUGUAAAAAAUGCAAUUUCUCGUGAUUAAUUAGGGAAAACUAACUAGUAUAGACAUAAUGGAAAUAUUCUGAUUAAUGAUAAAGGACAUUUAAUUCAUAUUGAUUUCGGAUUUAUUUUUGAUAUAUCGCCGGGAGGAAAUAUGAAAUUUGAAAGUGCUAAUUUUAAAUUGACGAAAGAAAUGAUUUAAAUUAUGGGAGGAUCCAAGAAUUCAGAGGCAUUUUAAUUUUAUGUAAAUCUCACGAUUAAGGCUUUCUUAGUUAUAAGAAAUUAUUAUGAAGAAAUAUUUAACACUAUUAAACUUAUGCUUUAGAGUUCUUUACCGUGCUUUUUGAAAAAUUCGAUGAGGGAAUUAACUAAAAGAUUUGUGUUAAAUAAAAAUGAUAUUGAUGCAGCUAGAUAUAUGAAAGAUAUUAUUUAUGAUGCUUUUGAUAAAUAUACUACGAGAUGGUAUGAUGAUAUUUAGUAUAUAAAAUAAAAUUGA